AUGUAUCAAAAUGUUUCUACAGCAUUUUACAAAGCACUUGAUCGAGGAACUUAUUUUAAACUUCUUCCAGAAAUUAUAACCAAAGCAAUCAAAUUGAAUAAAAGCAACGAAGUUGAUUUUAUGCAAAAACUUUGCAAUGAAAUCCUCAACAGUGGAGAUGACAACACCUAUUACGACGAUUCUGCUCAUUCCAAUCUAGUCUGUCUAUACGGAUUCUGUAAAGAAUUCGGUUUCAAAAAUCCUUCAUCAUCCGAACUAUUCGACUUGCCAAAAGACUACUACCACCAUGCAAACGACUGUGGCAACAACAAAUACGCUAGAAACUUUCUAGCACGAAAUUACAGAGACGGAACCGGUGGCGCGAAAAUUGACAAUCAAGAAGCGUUCAACUGGGCAAACGAGUCUGCAGCACUCGGAUUCACAUCAGGACAGUACAAUUUGGGAUACUGCUACAUAAAAGGAAUCGGCGUUUCACCCUCGAACGAGUUAGCAUUGCAUUGGUUUAAAGAAGCAGCCAAAGUAUAUAAUUCUAUGGCAGAAUAUAAUGUCGGAUUUUGUUACCGAAAUGGAUAUGGGACCGUGGUGAAUCAAUUGAAGGCUACUUAUUGGUACCGUCGUGCCGCGUCCCAUGAUGAUGGAUUGGCACAGUUUGUGUUGGCCGGCCGGUAUCAUAAGGGAAAUGGUGUGAAUCGCGAUGUUCAUAGUGCUAUACGGUUUGGAAUAUGUGCUAUGAGAAAUGGGCAGCCAAAUAUUAGACGCACUUUGGAUAGUAUUUUUUCUAAUGAUUUAUAUGUUUGGUAUAACUGGUAA